GCGCACACAACAAUCAUCCAUAUCUCGCUAUCCAAACCCUCAUUCUUAUUCUCAAACAUAUCUUACUGUUCGCAAGAAAGUCGCAACUGGUUCAGCGACAAUUGGAGCCUGCUUGACACGUCUGCCUGCGAAGGAACGCGUGACAGCUGAUCGGCCAGCAUCCGGGUAUCACCGUCACGAUCAAUCUUGAUAUCGACCGAUCUCGCGGCAUCUCGGUCUUGACCGUGUCAAAGUAUCCGGUACUGGAAGAGGAGAGCAGCCUCAGAGCGGUGGACAGGUUGAUGGACGCAUACGAGCUGGCAAUUGCAGCUCUCCACGAAGUUGGCCACGCUGCGAGUCAUAGAGCGAGUUCCUCCGUCGACAAGGUUACAUCCCCGCGGAACGGCGGCGCGGGUAUCGACAUGUUCGACAUAAUGACGAACAAUAAGAUUGUCGACAGCCCUGCCGGCGCCCAGGAGUCAUUGCCAGCACUUCUACCAACUGAUGAAAUCAUGUCUGAAGCCGACAGACCGACCGAGAGCCAAAACAAAGCAGCGCCGGGUCAACAAUCAACAUCGAGCCACAACUCGCAGUCGACCGUGGACGGCCAUGACCUUGUCUCUUCUCCUCCGACCUCCACCUCAGAUGGCUUCUCGUCGCAGAGUACGAACCAGGACAGUCAACUCUCUCAGUUAUCGCAGCUCUCACAACUCGCUGCUGCCCAGCAACCCUUGAUCGACGCCAUCGCGACGCGACCGAGUCCCGCGACUGCUGGGCAGAAGAGGACAGCAGAUGGGCAGAUCAAGGCUGGAUCAUCCCGCUCACCCACCAGUUCGCAUGCUCCUGGCCAUUCCAGAAGUACCAGCACAGUUAGCAAUGUGUCUUCUGCUGCGAGCAGUAGAAUCGGAGAGCUCUCCUCCGAACUCCGGACGCGUCUCUCCUAUGCUAUGGUGAAAGUCAACAAUGGAUGGCAGUCGAAUACGAUCGAUGAAGUGGAGUCGUUAGCAUCUCAGAAAGGCUCCCCAGCAUCAUCUACAUCUACGCUCCAUGGCCGCCUAAACCAUCUCACCUCCCCACGAACCGCGAUCGCGAAUAUUCAAACACAGACUAAUAGCAUGCCCUCUACUCAGGCCCCCAUUGCAGACUUCGAUCUCUAUUCUAGAUCCGACCAGCCUUCAAGGACGUACGAAUCUUUCUGGCGCGAUCACUCAACAACCAGCUAUCCCACCCACCGGCAUUCUUCUCACGCGCCGGUCACUUCUCCUCCGCCGUCCAAGUCUCUCGCGCCCCCGGCGGAUAUUCGCCCCACGCCUAGCUCACGUCGAUCUUCCACCCCAAAGUUCAGCAAACCACCGGCAAUUCCUGGGCAAGGAUCCAACUCUUCAUACCAUAGCACUGCUCCACGAACCCCGCAUCACACGGACUUCAGAGACGGGAAUUCAAUACAGACUCCUACGCAAAAGACAAUUCAGGAACAGGACGCUAUCGAAACAUUACUCUUCAUGAGUAGUCCGGGCAACUCGGGGAAUAUGGGACACACAUUUCCCCCUCCAAGAACCCAAGGAUCGCCUCAGCAAAGCCCCCUCCGUGCUGAGUUCAAUGUUCAUGCUAGAGGUGCUCAGGGAAGGAGAGUUGAGUUCGAAGCCACCCCACCGAGCCAGAGUACCGAGAGCAGCGAGACUGGGGGUGCCGAAUACAGAAGCAAAAUGAGAGGAAAGCCAGUGGUCCGAGACAGAGCAAGAGGCGAAGCCAUCGAUCGACUGCUUGAUGAAAUGGGCGAUUCCAGUAGCGAUGAGGACGAUAUAGUGCUGAACUACUCGAGCUCACGACGAGUUGCUGCUGGGAGAGUGUAGAGUGGCCCAGUGGCCAUCCUCAAAGUAUAUACAUUGAGAUGACGUUUUAAGCAUAUGGGGAGUCAUGAUUGCAUGUCCAAUGACGCUGAGCUUGUGGCUGUCAUACGAUACCCUUCUUUCUGGUAUAUCACCAAUUUUACGACCUACGAUCUCUUUUUGCAUAUCAGGGUUGCAUAUGGGUUGUCAGGAUUUUCUUCAUCUCGGACUGGUGCAUACUUCCUUCUUGAGGAUCUUGCUUGGCGCAUAUUCCACGAUUGAUUAAUUGCAUAUGUGUCUCUGUAUACUGUCAACAUACUAGAUGCACAUCUCACACAACAUAUACGUACCAUGACACUGGUUCAUCCUUUCUAUACUUCCAAUAACCCAGAUGGCUUCAUGAAUGUAUGGC